AUGUACCUAGGGUCAGCACCCAAAGGUUUCGUGGCCCAGGAGACUGCUGAUCUUUUCAUCAUCGUGCAUGAGACGUUUCCCCCUGGUGUCCAGAAAACAGACUCACGGAAGUACCCAGGCUCGUCCUGCAGCCCAGAGGAAUGUGUCUUCUGUGGUCUGGAGGUGACCCACGGGCUGAGGGCCUACGAUGGCCUGUCCCUGCCCGAGGACACGGAGGCUGUCACAGCAGGUCGGGCUGGCUGGAGCUACUCAUACCUUUCAGACGAUGAGGACUUGCUGGCUGACGAUGCUUCUGGGGAUGGCCUGGGCAGUGGGGACUUGGGCAGCGGGGAUUUCCAGAUGGUGUACUUCCGGGCGCUGGUCAAUUUCACACACUCCAUUGAGUACAGCCCUCAGCUGGAGGACGCAGGCUCCAGGGAGUUCCGAGCUGUGUCAGAGGCUGUGGUGGACAGGCUGGAGUCAGAGUACUUGAAGACCCCUGGAGACCAGGUCGUCAGUGUGGUGUUCAUCAAGGAGCUGGACGGCUGGGUCUUCGUGGAGCUGGAUGUGGGCUCGGAAGGGAAUGCAGAUGGGGCUCAGAUUCAGGAGGUGCUGUACACGGUCGUCUCUGGGGGCUCCAUCGGCUCCUACAUCACCUCCCCCCAGGGGUUCCAGUUCCGACGCCUGGGCACAGUGCCCCAGUUCCCAAGGGUCUGCACUGAGACUGAGUUUGCCUGCCACAGCCACAAUGAGUGUGUGGCCCUGGAGUACCGCUGUGACCGGCGGCCCGACUGCAGGGACAUGUCUGAUGAGCUGGACUGCGAGGAGCCAGUCCCGGAGGUCGUUUCUAUGCCAUCUGUGGUACAAGAGAUGUCGCCUUUAACACCCCGGUCACCAGAGGCAACCACCACACGGCGGCCACCGGAUACCCUCCGUCCCCAGCCUCUGCUCCCCGAUCUAGCCAGACCCAUGCUCUGUGGGCCCCAUGAGGCUGCAUGCCAUAGCGGGCCCUGCAUCCCCAAAGACUACCUCUGCGACGGGCAGGAAGACUGCAAGGAUGGCAGUGACGAGCUGGACUGCGGGCCACCCCCACCCUGUGAGCCCAACGAGUUCCCCUGUGGGAAUGGGCACUGUGCGCUCAAGCUGUGGCGCUGUGACGGUGACUUUGACUGCGAGGACCGCACCGAUGAGACCAACUGCCCUGCCAAGCAACCUGGUGAGGUGUGUGCGCCCACGCAGUUCCGGUGCAUCUCCACCAACACGUGCAUCCCGGCCAGCUUCCACUGUGACGAGGAGAGUGACUGUCCCGACCGCAGCGACGAGUUUGGCUGCAUGCCUCCCCAGGUGGUGACCCCUCCCCAAGAGACCAUCCAGGCCUCCCGAGGCCAGACGGUGACCUUCACCUGCGUGGCCAUUGGCGUCCCCACCCCCAUCAUCAACUGGAGACUCAACUGGGGCCACAUCCCCUCUCACCCCAGGGUGACCAUGACUAGUGAGGGUGGCCGUGGCACGCUGACCAUCCACGACGUGAAAGAGGCGGACCAGGGCGCCUACACGUGCGAGGCCAUGAACGCCCGCGGCAUGGUGUUUGGCAUUCCUGAUGGUGUUCUGGAGCUCAUCCCGCAGCGAGGCCCCUGCCCCGACGGGCAUUUCUACCUGGAGCCCAGCGCCUCGUGCCUGCCCUGCUUCUGCUUUGGCGUCACCAACGUGUGUCAGAGCAGCCGCCGCUUCCGGGACCAGAUCCAGCUGCGCUUUGACCAGCCUGGUGACUUCAAGGGCGUGAACGUGACGUCACCCUCGCAGCCCGGCACGCCGCCCCUCGCCUCCACGCAGCUGCAGGUAGACACCGCCCUGCAGGAGUUCCAGCUGGUCGACCUCUCACGCCGCUUUCUCACCCACGACUCUUUCUGGGCUCUGCCAGAGCUGUUUCUGGGCAAUAAGGUGGACUCCUACGGCGGCUCCCUGCGCUACAGCGUGCGCUACGAGCACUGGGUGCAUGAGUCCGGCCGGCCGGUGCAGCGGGCCGAGAUGCUGCAGGUGCUGCAGAGCCUGGAGGCGGUGCUCAUCCAGACGGUGUACAACGCCAAGAUGGCCAGUGUGGGGCUGAGUGACGUCACCAUGGACACCACAGUCACCCACGCCACCAGCCAUGGCCGCGCCCACAGUGUAGAGGAGUGCAGGUGCCCCAUUGGCUAUUCCGGCCUGUCCUGUGAGAGCUGUGAUGCCCACUUCACCCGGGUGCCCAGUGGGCCCUACCUGGGCACCUGCUCCGGCUGCAACUGUAAUGGCCACUCCAGCUCCUGUGACCCUGUGUAUGGCCACUGCCUGAAUUGCCAGCACAACACGGAAGGACCGCAGUGUAACAAGUGCAAAGCUGGCUUCUUUGGGGACGCCACGAAGCCCACGGCCACUGCCUGCCGGCCCUGCCCUUGCCCCUACAUCGAUGCCUCCCGCAGGUUCUCAGACACUUGCUUCUUGGACACAGACGGCCAAGCCACGUGUGAUGCAUGUGCUCCUGGCUACACAGGCCGCCGUUGUGAGAGCUGUGCCCCUGGAUAUGAGGGCAACCCCAUCCAGCCGAGCGGGAAGUGCAGGCCCACCAACCAGGCGAUCGUGCGCUGUGACGAGCGAGGCAGUGUGGGCAGUGCUGGAGAGUCCUGCCUCUGUAAGAACAACGUGGUAGGGCGCUUGUGCAAUGAGUGUGCUGAAGGCUCCUUCCACCUGAGCACCCACAACCCCGAUGGCUGCCUCAAGUGCUUCUGCAUGGGAGUCAGUCGCCGGUGCACCAGUUCGUCCUGGAGCCGCGCCCAGGUGCUCGGGGCCUCCGAGGAGCCUACACAGUUCAGCCUGACCAAUGCCGCGGGCACCCACACCACCAGUGAGGGGAUCUCCUCACCCUCAUCCGGGGAGCUGGUCUUCUCAUCCUUCCACAGCCUCUUGUCUGGACCGUACUUCUGGAGCCUCCCUGCACGCUUCCGGGGGGACAAGGUGACCUCCUAUGGCGGAGAGCUGCGCUUCACCGUGACCCAGCGGCCCCAGCCCAGCUCUGCGCCCCUCCACGGGCAGCCGCUAGUGGUGCUGCAGGGCAACGGCAUCACCCUGGAGCAUCACACUUCCCGGGAGCCCAGCCCCGGGCAGCCCAGCACCUUUACUGUGCCCUUCCGGGAGCAAGCGUGGCAGCGGCCUGAUGGGCAGCCGGCCACGAGGGAGCACCUGCUGAUGGCGCUGGCGGGGAUCGAUGCCCUCCUGAUCCAAGCGUCCCACACCCAGCGGCCCAUGGAGAGCAGGGUCUCCGACCUCAGCAUGGAUGUGGCUGUGCCUGAGGUCACCAGCCAGGACCCUGCCCUGGAGGUGGAGCAGUGCACCUGCCCGCCGGGUUACCGGGGCCCGUCCUGCCAGGACUGUGACACAGGCUUUACACGCAUGCCCGGCGGCCUCUACCUGGGCACCUGUGAACGCUGCAGCUGCCACGGCCACGCGGAGGCCUGUGAGCCUGAGACAGGUGCUUGCCAGGGUUGCCAGCACCAUACGGAGGGCUCUCGGUGUGAGCAGUGCCAGCCAGGAUACUACGGAGAUGCCCAGCGUGGGACGCCCCAGGACUGCCAGCUGUGCCCGUGCCAUGGAGCCCCUGCUGCUGGCCAGGCUGCCCACACCUGCUUUCUGGACACAGACGGCCACCCCACCUGUGACUCGUGUUCUCCAGGCCACAGCGGGCGUCACUGUGAGAGGUGUGCCCCUGGUUACUAUGGCAACCCCCGCCUGGGCCAGCCUUGCCAGAGAGACGGCCAGGUGCCAGAUGGGACAGGCUGCAAAUGUGACCCCCAGGGCAGCAUCAGCAGUCAGUGUGAUGCCGCUGGCCAGUGUCAGUGCAAGGCCCAGGUGCAAGGCCCCACCUGCAGCCACUGCCAGCCCCACCACUUCUACCUGAGCGCCAGCAACCCAGAGGGCUGCCUGCCCUGCUUCUGCAUGGGUGUCACCCAGCAAUGUGCCAGCUCCUCCUACACUCGUCACGUGAUCUACACCUACUUCGCCCCUGGGGACUUCCAAGGCUUCGCCCUGGUGAAUCCACAGCGCAACAGCCGCCUGGCGGAAGACUUCACUGUGGAACCUGUGCCCGAUGGCGCCCAGCUGUCUUUCGGCAACUUUGCCCACCUGGGCCACGAGUCCUUCUACUGGCAGCUGCCGGAGAUGUACCAGGGAGACAAGGUGGCAGCGUAUGGCGGGAAACUGCGGUACACCCUCUCCUACACUGCAGGGCCACAGGGCAGCCCGCUCUCUGACCCUGACGUCCAGAUCAUGGGCAACAACAUCAUGCUGGUGGCCUCCCAGCCAGCACCACAGGGCCCUGAGAAGAAGAGUUAUGAGAUCGUCUUCCGAGAGGAAUUCUGGCGCCGGCCAGAUGGGCAGCCAGCCACCCGCGAGCACCUUCUGAUGGCACUGGCCGACCUGGAUGAGCUCCUGAUCCGGGCCACAUUCACCUCAGUGCCCCUGGCAGCCAGCAUCAGUGCUGUGAGCCUGGAGGUGGCCCAGCGGGGCCCCUUGGAUGGACCCCGGGCCCUGGAGGUGGAGGAGUGUCGCUGUCCCCCAGGCUACAUGGGCUUGUCCUGCCAGGACUGUGCUCCGGGCUACACGCGCACCGGGAGUGGGCUCUACCUUGGCCAUUGCGAGCUGUGUGAGUGCAACGGCCACUCCGACCUGUGCCACCCGGAGACCGGGGCCUGCUCGCAAUGCCAGCACAACGCUGCCGGGGAGUUCUGCGAGCUGUGUGCUCCUGGCUACUAUGGAGAUGCCACAGCCGGGACGCCAGAGGACUGCCAGCCCUGCGCCUGCCCACUGACCAACCCAGAGAACAUGUUCUCCCGCACCUGUGAGAGCCUGGGGGCCGGCGGGUACCGCUGCACAGCCUGUGAGCCCGGCUACACCGGCCAGUACUGUGAGCAGUGUGCCCCGGGUUAUGUGGGUAACCCCAAUGUGCAAGGGGGCCGGUGCCUGCCACAGAACCAGGCCUCGUUGGUGGUCCAGGUCCAUCCUGCUCGGAGCGUAGUGCCUGAAGGAGGCUCCCACUCCCUGCGGUGCCAGGCCAGUGGGAACCCACCCCACUACUUCUACUGGUCCCGUGAGGAUGGGCAGCCUGUGCCCAGCAGCACCCAGCAGCGACAUCAAGGUGCUGAGCUCCACUUCCCCAGCGUGCAGCCCUCCGAUGCCGGGGUCUACCUGUGCACCUGCCGCAGCCUCCACCAUGUCAACGCCAGCCGGGCAGAGCUGCUGGUCACUGAGGCGCCCAGCAAGCCCAUCACGGUGACGGUGGAGGAGCAGCGGAGCCAGAGUGUGCGGCCCGGAGCGGACGUCACUUUCAUCUGCACGGCCAAGAGCAAGUCUCCCGCCUACACCCUGGCGUGGACCCGCCUGCACAAUGGGAAACUGCCCUCGCGAGCCAUGGACUUCAAUGGCAUCCUGACCGUCCGCAACGUGCAGCCGAGCGAUGCGGGCACCUACGUGUGCACUGGCUCCAACAUGUUCGCCAUGGACCAGGGCACGGCCACGCUGCACGUGCAGGGCUCUAGCACCUCAUCUGCUCCUGUGGUCUCCAUCCACCCACCGCAGCUGACCGUGCAGCCCGGGCAGAUGGCAGAGUUUCGGUGUAGUGCCAGGGGGAACCCCACACCCACCCUUGAGUGGAUAGGGGGCCCCGGGGGCCAGCUCCCUCCGAAGGCACAGAUCCAUGGGGGCCUCCUGCGCCUGCCAGCUGCCGAGCCUUCAGAUCAGGGCCAGUAUGUGUGCCGCGCCCUCAACAGUGCUGGGCAGCACAUGGGCAGGGCUGUCCUCCAGGUGCACGGCAGCAAUGGGCCCAGGGUCCAGGUAAGCCCAGAGCGCAUCCAGGUGCACGAAGGCCACACCGUCAGGCUAUACUGCAGGGCCACAGGGGUGCCCACUGCCACCAUCACCUGGAGGAAGGAGGGCGGCAGCCUGCCCCCACAGGCCCGGUCUGAGCGCAUGGACAUCUCCACACUGGUCAUCCCGGCCAUCACAUCUGCCGACGCCGGCUUCUACCUCUGUGUGGCCACCAGCCCCACUGGCACAGCACAGGCCCGCAUCCAGGUGGCCGUCACGUCAGCCUCAGGUGCCAGCUCAGUGCCGGUCAGGAUUGAAUCUUCAUCACCAACUGUGACCGAAGGGCAGCUGCUCGACCUCAGCUGUGUGGCGGCCGGGUUUGCCCACUCCCAGAUCACGUGGUACAAGCGAGGGGGCAGCCUGCCUCCCCAUGCUCAGGUCCAUGGCUCCAGGCUGCGGCUCCCACAGGUCUCACCAGCAGACUCCGGAGAAUAUGUGUGCCGAGUAGAGAGCGAGGCGGGUGCCAAGGAGGCGUCCAUUGUGGUCUCUGUGCUCAACAGUGCCCAGCUGGGCCUCAGCCGAGUGCCUGGCAGCACCCAGCCCAUCCACAUCGAGUCCUCCUCCUCCCACGUGGCCGAGGGGCAGACCCUGGAUCUGAACUGCGUGGUGCCUGGGCAGGCACAGGUGACCUGGCACAAGCGUGGGGGCAGCCUCCCUGCCCGGCACCAGACCCACGGCUCGCUCCUGCGGCUACACCAAGUGUCCCCUGCUGAUUCUGGCGAGUAUGUGUGCCAUGUGGUCCUCGGCUCUAAGCAUCUGGAGACCUCUGUCCUGGUCUCCAUCAAGCCCUCUGACUCCAUCCCUGCCCCAGCACCUGUCCCACCUAUCAGGAUCGAGUCUUCAUCCCCCACAGUGACCGAGGGGCAGAGCCUGGAUCUCAGCUGCAUGGUGGCAGGGCAGGCGCAUGCCCAGGUCACAUGGUACAAGCGUGGGGGCAGCCUGCCUGCCCGGCAUCAGGUCCGUGGCUCCCACCUGUACAUCUUCCAAGUCUCCCCAGCAGAUGCUGGAGAGUACGUCUGCCGGGCCAGCAGUGGUGCGGAGGCCUCCAUCACAGUCACAGUGACCAGGACCUACCCUACGGGUAGCACCCAGCCCAUCCGCAUCGAGUCCUCCUCCUCCCACGUGGCCGAGGGGCAGACCCUAGAUCUGAACUGCGUGGUGCCCGGGCAGGCGCAUGCCCAGGUCACGUGGCACAAGCGUGGGGGCAGCCUGCCCGCUCAGCACCAGACCCACGGCUCCCUGUUGAGGCUGCACCAGGUGUCCCCUGCCGACUCGGGCGAGUAUGUGUGCCAGGUGGUGGGCAGCCCUGUGCCGCUGGAGACCUCCGUCCUGGUUUCCAUUGAGCCAGUGGGCUCUGUGCCUGCACUCGGUGUCACCCCCCCAAUCCGGAUCGAGUCGUCCUCCUCCCAUGUGGCCGAAGGGCAGACCCUGGACCUGAACUGCAUGGUACAAGGGCAGGCCCAAGCCCAGAUCACCUGGCACAAGCUUGGGGGCAACCUGCCUGCCCGGCACCAGGUACACGGCUCCAGGCUGCGGCUACCCCAGGUGACCCCCGCCGACUCCGGGGAGUACGUGUGCCGCGUGACCAGUGGCUCAGAUACCUACGAGGCCUCGGUCCUGGUCAGCAUCCAGCAGCGCCUCAGCCCCUCCCAGACCCAGAGUGUGUUGUACCCCAUCCACAUUGAGUCCUCCUCAGCCUCGCUGGCCAAUGGGCACACCCUGGACCUCAACUGCCUGGUGGCCACCCACACCCCCCACACCAUCACCUGGUACAAGCGGGGAGGCAGCUUACCCAGUCGGCACCAGAUCGUGGGCUCCCGGCUACGGAUCCCCCAGGUGACCCCAGCAGACUCCGGGGAGUACGUGUGUCAUGUCAGUAACGGUGCUGGUUCACAGGAGACCUCUCUCAUCGUCACCAUCCAGGGCAGUGGCUCCUCCCAGGUGCCCAGUGUCUCCCCACCAAUCCGGAUCGAGUCCUCGUCCCCCACAGUGGUGGAAGGGCAGACCCUGGAUCUGAACUGCGUGCUUGCCGGGCAGACCCAGGCUACCAUCACCUGGUACAAGCGCGGGGGCAGCCUGCCUGCCAAACACCAGACCCACGGCUCCCACCUGCAGCUGCACCAGCUGUCUGUGGCUGACUCUGGCGAGUACGUGUGCCGGGCCAACAACAACAUCGAUGCCCAGGAGGCCUCCAUCAUGGUCUCCGUCUCUCCCAGCACCCACAAACCCUCCGCCCCCGGAGGUGCUGGGCCCAUCCAAAUUGAAUCAUCAUCUUCACACAUAACUGAAGGGCAGACUCUGGAUCUGAACUGUGUGUUUCCCGGGCAGGCUCAUGCCCAGGUCACGUGGCACAGGCGCAGGGGCAGCCUGCCCGCUCACCAUCAGACCCAUGGCUCCAGGCUGCGGCUGUACCAGGUGUCCCCAGCUGAUUCGGGCGAGUACGUGUGCCGUGUGCUGGGCAGCUCUGGUCCCCAGGAGGCCUCAGUCUUGGUCACCAUUGAAGCCUCUGGCUCUAGCACUGUCCGCGUCCCUGCCACAGGUGGUGCCCCACCCAUCCACAUAGAGAAGUCCUCCUCUCGAGUGGCUGAAGGGCAGACCCUCGAUCUGAACUGCGUGGUGCCCGGGCAGGCCCAUGCCCAGGUCACAUGGCACAAGCGCGGGGGCAGCCUGCCCGCCCAGCACCAGGUCCAUGGGCCCCUGCUGAGGCUGAACCACGUGUCCCCGGCGGACUCCGGCGAGUACUCAUGCCAAGUGACGGGGAGCUCAGGCACCCUGGAAGCUUCUGUCCUGGUUACAGUUGAGGCCUCUAGCCCAGGCCCCAUUCCUGCCCCAGGACUGGCCCAGCCCAUCUACAUCGAGGCCUCCUCCUCCCACGUGGCUGAAGGGCAGACCGUGGACCUGAACUGCGUGGUGACCGGGCAGGCGCAUGCUCAGGUCACAUGGCACAAGCGCGGGGGCAGCCUGCCCACCCAGCACCAGACCCAUGGCUCCCGGCUGCGGCUCCACCACGUGUCCCCUGCUGACUCUGGAGAGUACAUCUGCCGGGUGGCUGGUGGCUCAGGCUCUGAGCAGGAGGCCUCCUUCACGGUCACAGUCACCCCCAGCUCUGGGUCUUCCUACCGCCUCCGCAGCCCUGUCAUCUCCAUUGACCCACCCAGCAGCACGGUGCACCAGGGCCAGGAUGCCAGCUUCAGGUGCCUUAUCCAUGAGGGGGCACUGCCUAUUAGCCUAGAGUGGAAGACCCGGAACCAGGAACUGGAGGACAACGUCCACAUCAGCCCCAAUGGCUCUAUCAUCACCAUUGUGGGCACCCGGCCGAGCAACCACGGGGCCUAUCGCUGCGUAGCCUCCAACACUUACGGUGUGGCCCAGAGUGUUGUGAACCUCAGCGUGCAAGGGCCCCCUACAGUGUCCGUGCUCCCUGAGGGACCGGUGUGGGUGAAAGCAGGAAAGGACAUCACCCUGGAAUGUGUCAGUCCUGGGGAGCCCCGCUCCUCUGUCCGCUGGACCCGGGUGGGCAGCCCUGCAAGGAUCGAGCCGCGGACAUAUGGGCACGUGAACAGCCACGCGGUGCUAAAGAUUUCAUCAGCUAAACCAUCUGACGCAGGCACCUACGUGUGCCUCGCUCAGAAUGCCCUGGGCACAGCACAGAAGCGGGUGGAAGUGACUGUGGACACUGGUACUGCUGCCCCCGGAGCCCCCCAGGUUCAAGUUGAAGAAGCUGAGCUGACUGUGGAGGCUGGAUACACGGCCACACUGCGCUGCUCAGCCACAGGCAGCCCCCCACCCAUCAUCCACUGGUCCAAGCUGCGCUCCCCACUGCCCUGGCAGCACCGACAGGAAGGGGACACACUCAUCAUCCCCCAAGUAGCCCAGCAGGACUCAGGCCAGUACAUCUGCAAUGCCACCAGCCCCACCGGUCACGCUGAGGCCACCAUCCUCCUGCACGUAGAGAGCCCACCGUAUGCCACCAUAGUUCCGGAGCAGGUGUCAGUGCAGGCUGGGAAGCCGGUGCAGCUGCAGUGCCUGGCUCACGGCACACCCCCGCUCACCUUCCAGUGGAGCAGGGUGGGCGGCAGCCUUCCUGGGAGGGCAACCACCAGGAGCCAGCUGCUGCACCUGGAGCCCGCCGGCCCUGAGGACGCUGGCCGCUACCGCUGCCAGGUCACCAACAAGGUGGGCUCAGCUGAGGCCUUCGCUCAGGUGCUUAUCGAAGGCCCCUCCGGCUCUCUCCCUGAUACCCGUGGCCCAGCAGAACCCUCGCCCACCGUGCAGGUCACUCCACAGCUGGAUACCAAGAGCAUCGGGGCCAGCGCCGAGUUCCACUGUGCCGUUCCCGGUGACCGGGGCACCCAGCUCCAUUGGUUCAAGGAAGGCAGUCAGCUGCCUCCUGGCCACAGUGUGCAGGACGGGGUGCUCCGACUCCAGAAUUUAGACCAGAGCUACCAAGGGACGUAUGUUUGCCAAGCUCAUGGACCUUGGGGACAGGCCCAGGCCAGUGCCCGGCUGAUUGUCCAAGCCCUGCCCUCUGUGCUCAUCAACACCCGCACCUCCGUGCAGACUGUGGUGGUCGGCCAUUCUGUUGAGUUCGAGUGCCUGGCGCUGGGUGAUCCCAAGCCUCAGGUGACGUGGAGCAAAGUUGGAGGGCGCCUGCGGCCUGGCAUCAUGCAGAGCGGAAGUGUCAUCAGGAUUGCCCACGUAGAGCUGGCCGAUGCGGGACAGUACCGCUGCACAGCCACCAACGCUGCUGGCACCACCCAGUCCCACGUGCUGCUGCUUGUGCAAGCCUUGCCCCAGAUCUCAACACCCCCAGAGGUCCGAGUGCCUGCUGGUUCUGCAGCCGUCUUCCCCUGCAUGGCCUCAGGCUACCCGGCUCCUAACAUCACCUGGAGCAAGCUGGAUGGCGACUUGCCCCCCGGAAGCCGCCUGGAGAAAAACAUGCUGAUGCUGCCCUCGGUCCGGCCACAGGAUGCAGGCACCUAUGUCUGCACUGCCACCAACCGGCAGGGCAAGGUCAAGGCCUUUGCCUAUCUGCAAGUGCCAGAGAGAGUGGUGCCCUACUUCACCCAGACCCCACAUUCCUUCCUGCCACUGCCCACCAUCAAGGAUGCCUACAGGAAAUUUGAGAUCAAGAUCACCUUCCGGCCAGAUUCAGCUGAUGGGAUGCUGCUGUACAACGGGCAGAAGCGGGGCCCAGGGAGCCCCACCAACCUGGCCAGCAGACAGCCUGACUUCAUCUCCUUCGGUCUUGUGGGCGGGAGGCCUGAGUUCCGGUUUGAUGCGGGCUCUGGCAUGGCCACUAUCCGCCACCCCACACCGCUGGCCCUGGGCCAGUUCCACACCGUGACCCUACUGCGCAGCCUCACCCAGGGCUCCCUGAUUGUGGGUAGCCUGGCCCCAGUGAACGGGACCUCCCAGGGCAAGUUCCAGGGCCUGGACCUAAAUGAGGAGCUGUACCUGGGUGGCUACCCCGACUAUGGUGCCAUCCCCAAGGCAGGGCUGAGUGGCGGCUUCGUGGGCUGUGUCCGGGAGCUGUGCAUCCAGGGCGAGGAGAUCAUCUUCCAUGACCUCAACCUCACAGCGCAUGGCAUCUCCCACUGCCCCACCUGCCGGGACCGGCCAUGCCAGAAUGGAGGCCAGUGCCACGACUCAGAGAGCAGCAGCUAUGUGUGUGUCUGCCCAUCCGGCUUCACCGGGAGCCGCUGUGAGCACUCGCAGGCCCUGCACUGCCACCCAGAGGCCUGUGGGCCCGAUGCCACCUGUGUGAACCGGCCCGACGGUAGAGGCUACACCUGCCGCUGCCACCUGGGCCGCUCAGGGAUGAGAUGUGAGGAAGGUGUGACAGUGACCACCCCAUCCAUGUCGGGCACUGGCUCUUACCUGGCACUCCCUGCCCUCACCAACACACACCACGAGCUACGGCUGGACGUCGAGUUCAAGCCCCUGGUGCCCGAUGGGAUCCUGCUGUUCAGCGGGGGGAGGAUCGGGCCAGUGGAGGACUUCGUGUCCCUGGCAAUGGUUGGCGGCCACCUGGAGUUCCGCUACGAGCUGGGAUCAGGGCUGGCUGUCCUGCGGAGUCCUGAGCCUCUGGCCCUUGGCCGCUGGCACCGCGUGUCUGCGGAGCGCCUGAAUAAGGACGGCAGUUUGCGGGUGAAUGGGGGGCGCCCAGUGCUGCGCUCCUCGCCAGGCAAGAGCCAGGGCCUCAACCUGCACACCCUUCUCUACCUGGGAGGCGUGGAGCCCUCCGUCCCACUGUCCCCGGCCACCAACGUGAGCGCUCACUUCCGUGGCUGUGUGGGCGAGGUGUCUGUGAAUGGCAAGCGACUGGACCUUACCUACAGCUUCCUGGGAAGCCAGGGAAUUGGGCAGUGCUAUGACAGCUCCCCCUGCGAGCGCCAGCCGUGCCGCAAUGGCGCCACGUGCAUGCCCGCUGGCGAGUACGAGUUCCAGUGCUUAUGUCAAGAUGGCUUCAAAGGAGACCUCUGUGAACAUGAGGAGAACCCCUGCCAGCUCCGUGAGCCCUGCCUGCAUGGGGGCACCUGUCAGGGUACCCACUGCCUGUGCCCACCUGGCUUCUCUGGCUCACACUGCCAACAAGGGUCUGGACAUGGCACAGUGGAGUCCGAUUGGCAUGUGGAAGGCAGUGGGGGCAAUGAUGCCCCCGGGCAGUACGGAGCCUUCUUCCAGGACAAUGGCUUCCUAGCCCUUCCCAGCCGAGUCUUCUCCCGGAGCCUGCCCGAAGUGCCCGAGACCAUCGAGCUGGAGGUCCGGACCAGCACAGCCAGUGGACUGCUGCUCUGGCAGGGCAUGGAGACAGGAGAGACCAACCGAGGGAAGGACUUCAUCGGCCUUGGACUGCAGGACGGCCACCUUGUUUUCAGCUACCAGCUGGGCAGUGGCGAAGCCCGCCUUGUCUCUGAGGACCCUGUCAAUGACGGCGAGUGGCACCGGGUGACAGUGCUGCGAGAGGGCCGCAGAGGCUCCAUCCAGGUUGACGGCGAGGAGCUGGUGAGCGGCCAGUCCCCGGGCCCCAAUGUGGCGGUCAAUACCAAGGGCAGCGUGUACAUCGGCGGAGCCCCAGAUGUGGCCGCACUGACCGGAGGCAGGUUCUCCUCGGGCAUCACAGGCUGUAUCAAGAACCUCGUGCUCCCGGGAUACCCCUCGGGGCUGCAAGGAAGAACCACCCCCCAGCUCCUCCCUGGAGCACCCAGCACUGAGGUUUCACCACACCGAGCCACAACCCCCGCUCUCCUGGAAGUGAAGGCCCAGGGACUUGGGGGAGCUGGUGGUCGGGAAGAGCCAGUGCCUUACAGUGGGGAGGCCGAGACCUGGGGGGAGCUGAGGGGAAAUGACGGCCCCGUCCCUGGGAGCCCAGUGACCUGGUGGUCAGCCGUCCCCAUCCUGUGGCAUUGGGAUGCCUGGCCUCAGGUCUUAGAAGGGACCCUCCUGUGGUCUUUGUCUUGA